AUGGAAGCGACGGGUGCGCUAGAGGAGUUGCUGCUGGAACAGCGAGCUCUCAUUGAUCAUGCGCUGUACUCAGUGCUGGAGGACGCGCCGCUCGGAGAUCUGUUGGAACAUUUCCAGUCAACUCUACUGGGUCUGCAACAGCAGGAACCGUCAUUCUGGCAUUUGCAAGUGGUAGAUUUUAUCCGGAGUGUAUUCAAGUCGCGGGUGGGCAGCUGCAUCGAUGCAGAAGUCAAAGCUGCUGCCUCCAAGAAGCCACAGAAUCCAGACAUUGCUGUGAACCGCGCAAAGGCUCAAGUGCAGACAAGCAGUGAACUACAGGAAGCUCUGGUGCAAUUGCAGAGAGAUGUGGAGAUGGAAGUGGCCAGAAUAAAGGAUGUGCUGACUGAGAAGCACUUAAAAGUAGCUUCAGACAUGGACGAGCAUUUCUUGGUCAAAUUCUGGACGGAGCUGCAAGACGUAAUUGGAACUAAAGCGAAUCAACAUAAGCUGGACGAGGAACGUGAAGUAAAAGGCGUCGAGCAGGAGCUUGAGAGCUGCUCGUUCGAGAGAUUUAGUUUUGACGAGGAUUUUAAUGACCUGUCCAGGUCAGCGAUGAGGGUUGUGUACGACUUGAUGAACCAGGUUGAGGACGCUGCUCAGUUUCUCGAACUGUUUUGGGCAGUCCUCGACUUCAUGGGGGCGCGUCUGGAGACUGGAGAGUUGUUCUUGUACCGACGUGAGAUCUGUGACGCACAAUCGAUCGCUGCUGUGGAUUGUUUUCGCGUAUUGCACGCGUUACUCUUCAAGACGAUGCGGCACUGGGUGUAUCUUGCUGCCGAAGCACUCGCCCAAGUCUUGCACUCAACAUUUCGCCUGCUGAUCACGUACUCGAAGGCAGAAACGGAAGUCGAAGCGAAGCAGCUCACUCCUCUUACAAUGUUGUUCCUGGUCGACAACGAUCCAGUGCGAUGGUUUAAGCUCUGGCUGCUCAAUGCUCCAAGUUCACGACAACUUUUCGUGGCGAUGGAUGAAUCUGGCUUCAUCGCUGAUCUACUCCAAAAUCUGUCUCGAUUUCGCCCAUUAAGCUUCGAAAAAUCAUCCAACCGCUCAGUUAAUGCCAUCGAAAAACGUAUUGCUCAAUGCGAACUGCGCGAUGAACUGGGAGCUGACUACCCGGAUCUCGGAAAGGGUGUUGUGGAUGCACUCAUCCUAUCAGUUGCAGCGGUGAUCGUGACGACUUCGUGUUCGCAAAAGGACACCGACGUGCUGUUUAAUGAACAGUGGUCCACGAGUAUCUCGAGAAGUGUGGCGACGUACCUGCAUUGUGCAGACGCUCCCGAUCUACUACCAGCACUUACAAAAGCAUUCGAGGUGGCAGAAAGAACCGGAGUUAUUGACGAACUCUGGAAAGUUUCAAAACAGUGUGAAGGCCAAGAGUGUUCUCGUCUCGGGAGUCGUAUCACAAUUGCUCUGCUGCGCUCAGUGUCAGGAUGGCUACGGUGCUGCUUGAGCUCGCAAUUUGCAGCCUCAUCACUGUUGUCAAGUGAAGACAACGCGCUGGUUCAGUUUAUCUCCGAGGCGCUUACCGUCCACAGAGCUGGGUUCUGUAUGAGCUCCAGUCACGCCGAAGAUACGUGUUGCGUGGCAUUUCAGCUGCUCAUUGCGCUGGUGUCGAGUGUGCCAUCGAUGCUCGAGUGCAGUUCGUUGCUGUCAAAACUCAAAGUGCUGAACCUCGACGAUAAAUGUACACUCCAGCGUGGUAUUUUGAACGACAUCAGUGAGAUCCUGGGUCCGUGUUCGUUUCUAGAGAAGCAGCUGUGCUACGAGUUUGAAUUCAUCGGUGGACCAAGUGAAAAGCUGCCACAGUGUGAGCUCUUCGAGUUUGACGGGCGCUGUCAGGAGACUCAAAUCGAUAGCAAAGAUACGACUGGAGAGAGAGCAGACCGUACCAUUUCCGAAUUCGCCGGCGUAUUGCAGAACAAAAUUCUUCAAGCUAUUAGCGAUGGCGUGGAAGCUGGCUCAUCGACGCCUAUGGAUUUUGUGCUGAUCUCGCAAGCUUCGUGGGAGCUCAUCCAUGACCUAGAGGCUCGUUUUGGAGCAGAAUCUCCGUUCAUAUGCUGUAACCCAGCUGGUCCUGCUAACGAGCUCUUCGCCAGACUCACGUUUAAUCUCGUUAUGAGCCAGCGCAGUCGUUUGGAGCCAGCACGCAGCGUUGCAGUGGCAUUGAUCCAAACCACAAGCCCAACGCCAAACAGUGAAUCGUUUUUCCCGACAGACUCGGAGCGCAAGUUGAUGAACCGGUUGUACAAGAAUUAUGCGAGUGGCUUAUCGCUGGAGUCGUCGCCCACCUUGUUGCAUUGUACUGUCAAAAAGUUUGGCAAAAUUGCAAUGGAUUGUUUCCCAGUAACAAUGUUGAUCGGCUGUCAUCCGACUUUCGACGAAGCCGAUAUCCUGAACUUCUUGUCGCACUGUCUCGCGAGUCCAUCGGCUGGAUACCUGUGGCCCCGGAGUGCUGAUCGUGGAGUGGCAGUAGUGAUCACAAAAGGAGUGGAGAUCAUACUAGCACGCGAGUUUCCUCAGCUGCUGGGAGUGUAG